AUGGCGCGUCUCGGCCGCGUUGGGUUCCUCGUCCUCGCGGUGGUCUUCCACCUGAUUUAUACUUAUUCCAUUUUCGAUAUCUACUUCGUGAGUCCUAUUGUGAAUGGAAUGCGUUCAUAUGGCGUCGAACGACCCGCCGGUACCAAUGCUCCUGCCCAACGUCUCGUCCUCUUCGUCGCCGAUGGUCUCCGCGCCGACAAGGCCUUCCAGGCGUUUCCCGACCCGACCCCCGAAAAUCCCGCGCAGCAGACCGAUGAGUUGAUUCGAUUGGCGCCGUUCAUUCGCUCUAAGGUACUAUCGCACGGUACCUUUGGUGUCUCCCACACUCGAGUCCCCACCGAGUCCCGGCCGGGGCAUGUUGCUCUGAUUGCGGGAUUGUACGAGGAUGUCUCAGCAGUUACGACAGGCUGGAAGCUAAAUCCUGUCAACUUUGACAGUGUCUUCAACCAAAGUCGGCAUACGUGGAGCUGGGGAAGCCCUGAUAUCUUGCCCAUGUUCAAGGAGGGCGCGGUGCCUGGGCGAGUCGAUUCGGACACAUACGGAGAAGAGGCAGAGGAUUUCAGCGUGGAUGCAACUCAUCUGGACACCUGGGUAUUCGAUCGAGUUCAUAAUCUCUUCGAGUCUGCCAGGAGUGACCCCGAAUUAGAUCGGAAGCUGCGCGAGGACAAGCUGGUGUUCUUCCUUCACCUGCUUGGACUGGACACCAAUGGCCACGCCCACCGUCCCUACUCCAAGGAAUACCUUCAUAACAUCAAAGUAGUGGAUCAAGGUGUCAAGGCGGUCACCAAACUUGUAGAAGAUUUCUAUGCAGACGAUAAGACCGCAUUUAUCUUCACGGCGGAUCAUGGCAUGAACGACCUCGGCAGCCAUGGCGAUGGCCACCCAGACAACACGCGCACUCCCUUGGUUGCUUGGGGCUCUGGGGUUGCUAAGCCGCGAAUCACCAAGGAUGGAAUUGCCUCGGGACACGAAGACGGGUUCUCGUCCGAUUGGGGAUUUGACCAUGUCCAGCGACAUGAUGUUGCACAAGCCGACGUUGCUGCUCUUAUGGCAUACUUAGUUGGUGUCGAUUACCCGGUCAACUCGGUCGGACAGCUUCCGCUAGAGUAUAUUGAUGCUAGCCCUAAGGAGAAGGCUCAAGCUGCGCUGGCUAACACCCGAGCGGUGCUAGAAAUGUAUCGAGUCAAGGAGGAGGAUAAGAGAGCAUCAGUGCUCCGCUAUGUACCCUUCGAGCCUCUUUCUGGUUAUGGAGAAACCUCGAUUGAAGGUCGUUUUGCCAAUCUUGAGACUCUCAUAUCCAACGGAUCUUAUGAGGAGUCUAUUACGUUGUCAUCUGAAUUAUUGGUUGUUGGUCUUGAAGGCCUUCGCUAUCUACAGACGUAUGACUGGCUUUUCCUGAGAACAGUUGUCUCUUUGGGCUAUUUGGGCUGGAUUGCUUAUGCUCUGACGACUGUGAUUGACCUGCAUGUCUUGCAUGGGACAUCUGAUUCUCAUCGGACAACUGCCAGCAUCUCGUUCUUCACAUCCAUCCUUGUGGCAUUAUUCUCUGUCUUUCUCUACCAAGGAUCAUCAUGGCGUUAUUAUUUCUACGCAUUCUUUCCCGUCUACUUUUGGGAAGAAGUUUUUGCCCGAAGGAAGGCUCUGAUUGCUGGUCGUCAAAUUGUUCUCGGCCAUGUUCGCUCCUUUUCAGGAUACUUGAACUUUGGACUGCAGGCUUUAGCAUUUCUGGGCGUUCUCGAGGCUCUAGUUCAAUCCUAUUUUCAUCGUGAAAUUUUCACGAUAGGGUUUGCGCUUGGUGCCAUUUGGCCCCUUGUUUAUGGGUUUAGCUUCAUCCGCAGCCAUGUUUUCUUGACUGUAGCAUGGGCCCUAGGUUGUUCUUUAAUGGGCAUUUUCACUCUGCUGCCAGUUGUGAAGGUGGAGAACAUCGACACUAUUACCUAUGGUGGUCUUAUCAUGUUUUUCACAGGUAUUCUGUACUUGCUGUUUGAGGAUACUAUCCUUGGACACAAAACGCCUGCUUCUUCCGAGCACUCCAAACGUCUCACAAAUGUUGGCGCACGUAUUAUUAUUGGGUUGCAGGUUGGGUUGGUUCUUCUUGCCUUAAUUGUGACUCGAUCCAGUGCGACCUCUCUUAGAGCGCGUGAGGGCUUGCCCCUCGGAAAUCAAGUAGUUGGAUGGUUUGUUUUAGUCUCAUCCUUGUCAUUGCCAUUUUUCCACCGGCUCUACCCUAAUAACAACUAUCUUCACCGUCUUAUGGUCAUCUUUUUGACCUUUUCUCCGACAUUCAUCAUCCUGACGAUUUCGUGGGAAGGCUUGUUCUAUUUUGUGUUCUGCAUGACCCUUGUCACCUGGGUCCGCCUUGAACAUGCCAUCUAUGUUCAUACAGCAGGAUCUAGGACGUCUCGUUCGCAGUCGGCCGCCAAAGGAUCAACGUCCACAUCUCAGGCUUCAUCGUCGGCCACUACGAUUGUGGACGGCCAGACUUACCACUACCGUGCUCUUACUCUUUCUGAUACCCGGGUUGCGUUGUUCUUCUUUUUCCUUCUCCAGUCAGCAUUCUUCAGCACCGGCAAUGUCGCCUCCAUCUCCACCUUUUCUUUAGAAAGUGUCCGCCGUCUCAUUCCCAUUUUCGACCCAUUUGCCCAAGGCGCGCUGCUGAUCUUACAAAUCUUGAUCCCCUUCGCCAUAAUCAGCGCCAACCUCGGCAUUCUCAACCGCCGACUUGAAGUAGCGCCUAGUGCACUAUUCAUGGUCGUCAUGUCCAUCUCGGACAUCAUGACUCUGAACUUCUUCUAUAUGGUCCGCGAUGAGGGUUCCUGGCUGGAUAUUGGCAUGACUAUCAGCCAUUUCUGCAUUGCCAGUGCUCUCUGCACCUUCGUGGCAGGGUUAGAGUUCCUUAGCGAGCAGUUUGUCAGUGGUGUGGAUUUCGGCACCACUGUCUCUACUCUUGGGUCUGCUGUUGUGCAGGCUGUGACCGAAUCCGCUGACUGUGGCCAUGAAAAGCCGGCGGAAUCGAACAAGAGCAAAAAGGCCCGUUCUCGUAACAAGAAUCAUAAGGCCCAUAAAUAG